UAAUGUAAUCACAGAUGGCAUAUUGAGUCUCGAUCGUGUUGUGCAGCUGAAUGCGUGUCAGUGACGAGAUUAAUCACGCAUUUCCAGUGCCAUCCAUCUCUCACCCAAAGAAGGCGUGUCGCUUCCCGGUCAGUAGCAUCAUCCAGCUGCUCUUUGUCCCGCUGCUGUGUGUGUGUGUGUGAGUGUGUGUAUCGUUACCGGGCAGAGCUGCUCGAGUCAUGGCGGCAGCGCCCGCGAUUCCUCGCACCGGGAGCACGAGAGCGCAGCUGCCGCCCUGUUAUUACGAGGGAUACCUGGAGAAAAGAGGAGCGAAAGAGAAGGUGGCUCGGCGUUUAUGGACCUGUUUAUGUGGAAACACGCUGUUCUUCUUCAACAACCCUAAGGACACAAAUUAUGUAGAGAAGUUGGAUCUGAGUGGGUUUGUGUCUUUGAUCGAUGACCCGAGUCGUGAUAGGAAUCUGGAGGCAGCCAGAUUGAACCUCCGCAUGAAGAAUGGAGAAAUCAAACUCACUGCACCAAAUCUGGAGGCGCGUGAGCUGUGGAAAGGUUUUCUCUACUCUGUCGUGGAUCUGGCUGUGCCCACGACUCUCACCCUCCUGCCCGGGCAGCUGCACAUGCUGAAGGAAGUCGUGGAGAAAGAAAAAAUGCGUCGAAAGGCACGUGCGUCUUCCAGAGCCCCCUCGUCCCCCCUCUCGCUCCCACUGGUGGGGGAAAUACCUGCGUGUUUCAGGCCUGUGUCUCGUACUGAAGCUGAGGUGCUGUUAGAAAGACAUCCAGACUGCGGGAACAUGCUGUUAAGACCAGGCCGGGACGGAUCUUCACUCGCCGUCACAACACGACAAGACCUGAAUGGAUCAGUGUUCAGACAUUACAGAGUGACACAGAAGCAGCAGGGUGGUUACAUUAUCGAUGUGGAAAACCCAGUAUGCGAAAAUGUCUUUCUAAAUAAAGAGAAUCUAUGCAAAAACACCAACCUUAGGAAAAUCUCACUCCUCAUUUUAUUUUAUUUUGUAUUUUUUCGUCUCUUCCUGCAGAUCCCCUGUCCCACACUGCAUGAUGUCAUCAAUGCACUGGUGGAGAAAACCGCCGGGACUCUUCAGCCCUUCAUAUUAGAAGAGCCUUAUGAGGAGAACAUCACGUUUGUGUCGUCCAAUGAUGAGAAUGGAGAGCGAACCCUGCACUGUGCUCCCUCUGGACCUCUUUCUCGAGCUCCAUCACUGCCACCUAAACAAGUAGGUACAGACAGAUGGUCGCUGCGGUCACAGACGAGAUCUCCCAGUUCCUCACCAAGAUCCUUUUCCCCGUCUGGCUCUCCGUCCAGCUCCAUGAGAAGGCUGGUUCUGUCUCCCUCACCUCUCUCUCAGAGCCUCACAGACGAGCUCAAACAGAAGCUGGAGAAGAGACGGACCAGUCAAGAGUGAUUUCCUCCUCGUUUCUGCCCACCCUUCGUCGUCUCAUUCCUCCAGUGCCUUCCAAUAAAGACUGAUGUCCUGCUGAACGGACAAGGACUCCCUGUAAUCGACAUUCUUCCCUCAGUGUGACUGAAACAAUGCCACUUUAUUUGGCUUUAUGAAUAACACGAGAGCGGCGCUCCACCAGCUUAUCCUGCCUCAUAAUAAUGCCGUCACAGAAUGAUGCCAUUUCUGUUGAGAUUAUUGAAAUUUAAAUGGGAAAAAUCUGAGCCAAGAUUCUCUAUGCCUCUCUCUAUUCUAUUAAUCAGACCUUAACACUCAGGUUUCUACUGUCAAACCGUGAGUCGAGAGGAUAUUUCCACACAUUGAAGAAAGAAGCACAUCAAACGUCUUAAAAUGAAGGACUUGUAUUACUGGUUUUAAUCAAACACUAACUGUGAACUGGAGAGAAGUCAUCUAAAUGCUCAGAUGAGUGUGAAUCUGGUAUGGUUCGAGGUAGGGUCCAAAAUUAACGCUCGCCAAGCACCACAUUAAUUUGGGUUAAUAAAAAGCAAAUACAUUUUGCAGAUGCUUUUAUCCAAAGUGACUUUGAUUGUAUUUUAAUCAGUCCUUGGCAUUGCUAGUGCAAUGCUCUGCGCUUUGAUCUACAGGAUUGCAAAUAAAAAUACUAACUUUAUUAGGAACGUGAAGUUAAUACAUGAUUUAAAUUGACUCUCACUGCUGAAAGUGGCAUACUGUAAAGAAACCAUCCACCAACUCUGCUAUAAAAAGCUUCUAGAAGCAGCAUAAUGGUCAAAACCACUCUAAAACCAGUUAUUAUGACUAGCUAAAAUGAUCCAAAGGCCAUUAGGAAUUAUUGUGACCAUAAACUGAGAGGUGUGGCAAAAGUUGAUUUUUGACCCUGCUUCCUUGUGUCUCAGUAGAUCUGUUAUGUUUUAAAAUUUGUAUGAUGCUUUUGGACACAUUUGCAGGAUAAACGUUCAAGUUUAUGAAGCAGGUUUUGCUCUCAUAAAAUGGUAUUUGAAUAUAAAGGACGAUUCGGCCUUCUAGAGGUGAGUUUGUCUCAGAUUUGUACGCGUUUAGGUUGAUAGGUUGUGAAACGGUUGCAUUUGUGUUUCUUCUACCAACUGUCGUUAUCGUUUCUAUCAACAUGCAUGGUGCUACUGUGACUUUGUAGAUAAGUUUUCAUGUGAUGUUAAAACCAUUUCUUAUUUAUAACUGUGAUAUUUAUGGGAAUUAAAGGGAAGGUUUUGUAGAAUUCA